UUAUUUUUAGGUGAAAGAGAAAGGGGUAGAGCCUACUGCUUCUGAGUUAUUUUUGAUGAUUCACAAAACGAAACAGAAUAAUGAUUGGGUUGAUGGAAAAUCAAAAUCUGUCUGGGCUAAAUUUCAAACCAUCGUCAAGAGUCGUCAUUCAAGUGACAUGUCUGGGACACAGGGUGUUGGCGAAGGAAAUGAAGACGCAAGAAUCGAAAAUCAAGAGGAAGACGAAGAAGAAGAUGAAGAUGAUGCAUUCAUGGCAAUAGCAUCCGCUCUUCCUAAAGAAGUUAUUGAUAAAGCGUGGCUCGAGGCAGUUGGAGGGCCAAUAAAAGGAAGAGUUUACGGUCUCGGAUCGGAGUCCAGUUCUGUUGUACAAGGAGGUGGUCCUACAUUUCAUGCUCCAACCGGUUCUUCUUCAGCAUCAUCUGUACCUUCUCGAUAG